AUGGCGGAGAGUAGGAGUGAUAGAACUAGAAGCAAGCAGCUGCCGUCAACGGACGAGCAGACCCCGAAGAAGCAGACUCAGCUCUCAGACGAGCAACCUCAACUGCAUUCGGAACCGGAACCGGAACCGCGAUUAAGUGAACAACUUCCCACCGACACGGAGCCCGCAACUCAAUCACAACAUGGGCCUUUCAUCGACGAUUCCAGCUUGUCCGAAGACUUCGAACAAUACGAGAAGGGAAGCAAGUUGGUGCUCACCUAUCAAGCUCCGCGCCGAACUUACGGCCGUUCUGAGUAUCCCAAUCCUCCAGGCAUCGACAGCGAUGACAAAGUUCUGUCCGAAGACGAAAAGCGCCUCUCUCGCACCGGCUUAGUCUAUCACGAUCGACAUAUCAGCAAUCCUGAUCCCACCCAAGACAAGGCUACAGUCAUUUUGUGUAAAGUUGACGAAGCCAAAUACGAUGACGGAGCCAAACACGAGGACCUAACGUACAAGAAGCAGAAAGGUACUUUCAGACAGUAUCUCACAGAUAAACGCAAACGGGCGAAGCGGUAUGUUGGAGACAUUUUCGACCAGAAGAAUGCGGGUAGUUCAACUUCAUCUCGAGGGGAUCGGAGUGAGAAACAACCAGACGUUGCCGGCGAGGCCCCAUUCAUAGUACCUAUCGACGGGGAGCGCUUGACCGUGGUUCAGCUUGCGAUCCUCAAGGUGUACGAUGCGAUGUUCUACCCCUUCAAGUACGGAAUGAAUCAAGGGCCCUGGAAGGUUACCUCUAGAGUCGAUCAGGAGCACACUCGUGAGGCCGGUGCUUACAAGCAUCUCUGGACUCACAAGAAAACUGGAUAUGAACAACUUGCACCUCAAUACUACGGAUCCUGGGCCAUCGAGCUUACGACUACGAAUUCGGAUGUUGAAGACAAGCAGCGAUUCUCCAGAGCCAUCAUCAUAGAGUACAUUGAAGGGACCAGCAUCGAGGAGCUUUGCUUCCGGACUGCUAAAGAAUACCUUCUCGUUCCUCGCAACAGGAUGUUGCCUAAGAUGGCCGAUGGUACCAAGUGGUGCUUCGACAGGAAGCUUCGCUUGGAAGUCUUCGUGACGCUUCUGAAAGGCUACGUGAACAUGCUUCAUCACGGGGUCAAUAUGCGUCUCGACCCCGAAAACAUUCUCCUCACAGGUAAACUCGGAGACGAGGUUCUCAAAACGCCUCGCGUUGUGGCGAUUGACUAUGUCGACGCCCUGAUCGACGAUGAGAGGAAGGAACCUCUCAGGGUCUACCAACGUUGGGAUAAGCCGCCUCAUCCCUGGGGCGAAAUCUCAUUGCCAAAGAUGCAAUACUUCCACGGCUGGUUUCCCCACCAUUGGACGCCUGAACUUUUCGACAGCUGGCUCAUUUACACCUUCGGACAAUUGGACAAUCCGGAGUACAUGGACCCCAAUAUUUCGAAGGAUCCUAAAUUGUCAAAGGACCCUCAGAUGUUGGAGCAACCUGGUUCAGGCCAAGAUUCUGGACCUGAGCAUUCUUGAGCAUACAAAACGCGAGUGGUGAGGAGUUUCCCAUCAUCACAGAACCGAGGCGACGCAUUGGUGCCGAGUUCCGGCCAGGAGACCCUGAGUGUGACGCACUGAGAGUUUGGAGGCGGGG